CGCGGUGGGCUUCGCGCGGCUGGGUGGGGCCGAGCGAGGUAGAGGCGGUGCUCGGUCUGUGUGGCGAUCUGCUGUCCUGUCCUCGGCUCUCGCCGCCCAGAGUAGAGUGUGGGAUCCGGGAAGGAAGGCAAAGUGUCCAAGAUGAAUGACAGCCUAUUUGUCAGUCUGGACAGACUUCUGCUAGAAUUUGUUUUCCAGUAUGAACAAGAUAUAAGUACUAAAGAAGAUAUAGUUCAGCGAAUUAACAAAUGCUUUGAAGAUAUUAAAGAAUACAAAGCUACUGUUUGUAAGAUACAUGAAACUAUAAAUACGACAGAUGAGGAAAUUGGUCAUUACUGUAAACAUAGUAAAGAGAUCAAAGACAACUGUAGUAACUGGAAGCCAACAUGUGAUGUAUUUCAUAAACAUGAAGACUACAUGCAGGAGCAAUUUAUUAUUUAUCAAGAAACUAUUGAAAAAGACAAAAAAAUGUACCAUGGUUAUAUAUGUCAGUAUAAAGAUGUUUUAAAGCAAUACCAACUAAAAUACUCAGAAACACCCCUCUCACAUGAAUAUUAUGAGAAGAAAAGAGAAUAUGAAGAAAUUCAAAACAGAGUGUUGGCAAGUACUGAACAACUGAAAGUGAAUGAAACUAUUUUUAUGGAAUUUUUAGUGCCUGCUCCCUUUCCAUCACUUACCAGUUGGACAUUACAUAUGGUUAAUUUGAGAUAUAAAACACAAGAUAUUCUUAAACAUGCUAACCAGUUUUCCAAAAGAUCAUGUGACUUGAAGAAAGAAGUAGAUGACAUGGAAAUAGAAAUUAAUUAUUUAAACCAGCAGAUUGCAAGACAUUAUGAAAUGAAGAAUCUUCCAGAAACUCUAGAAGAAAAAAGUAAAAAUGUAGAAAAGAGAAAGGAAUCGAAAGAAAGAAUUUUUGAAAAAGAUCCACAACCUGUACUUAUGUUGAACAAAACUCUUCAAAACAGUCAACUAUUUCUUCCAUAUGAAUCUCAGAAAUUAGUAAAACCAAUAAAGAUGCAUUCUUCAGAACCAAGAAUUAUAGAUAAAAAAGAAGACAGUUCUGUGAGUCAGUCAAAGCUUGCCAAUAUUGACUUCAAGCAAAAAGAAAAUGAUGCACAUGUAUUGAAUGACUCUGCUGUGAAUAACCAUCCAAAAUGUACACAUGUUACGGCUUUUAAAAAUUCACAAAAUGUUAUGCAGUUCAGAUUAGUAACCCCACAGAAACAAUCAAAUUGCAAUCAAUGGUUGGAAAAGAGAGAUACAGAUGCUGAGUGUGGAGAUAAAGGGACAAUAAGACAAUUGCCAGAAUCAAAAUGUGCUUCACAACUUUCUGUUACUUUGAAUUUGCAGAUUACAUAUGCAGAACAUUUUGGGAAGCCAAUAGAAAGUAAUAGUGAUGAAGUAGAAGAAAGGGCUGGGAUUUUUCCACGAACUCCUGAAAUUCCUUUAUUUUUAAGCACUCCUGAAGAUGUGAAAGCACCUGAUUCUGUGGAGAAAUUACCUAAAACCCCCUCAAUUGAAAUAAAUAGAAAUACAGCUACUGAGAGUCAAACACAAAAGGACUCCCCUGGAUUUUCUUUUUUAAUGAGUUAUACUUCUCGAUCCCCUGGAUUGAAUUUAUUUGAUUCUUCUGUAUUUGAUUCAGAAAUCUCAUCACAUCAGUUUGGUGAACAUUAUUCUUCAGGAAAUUUAAAUCCUCCCUCAUCCCAACAAGAAAUUGGAAACUUAUUUGGGAAACCAGAAAGAGAAGAUGCCUUUACUUUUUCUUUUCCAUCAGACUCUUCAACUCAUACAUUUGGAGCUGAAAGAGAUGCUUUUAGUUUUCCGUUUUCAUUUGAACAGGAUCAAAACUCAGCACUUUCUUCUGUAAAAGGGUUUUCAUCUUCCUCACAAAAUACCACACAAUUUACUUUUUUUUGAACUAGUUACUGAUUUAUUGAAUUAUUUUACUGCUCUGUAAUUAUCUAGGGCAUAAAUUUAUGUUGUUACUUAAACUAUGAAGACCACUUUCUUUUGUUGAUUAAAGAAAUAAUGGGUUACCAUAGUAACAUUAUUUGAUUAUAUUGAUUUAAUAUUGAAGGAAAUUAAGCCUGGGUCAUCUACAUUUAUUUUUAUUUGCAGCAUUAGCUAUCAUUAUUUAUUUUGGUUUUGAUUUUGCAAGCUAUAUUCUUUGAGAACCUAUGCUUCACUGCUACAGUAAAGAGAGUGAUACUUUAUAAUGAUCUUGAAGAAUUUAUACUAUUGAUAUUGAAUAAAAUGUUAUUUUUUAUAAUACAACAAAAAUUUAAAUAUUACUCAUUAUUUUAAGAUGGUAUCUUUAAUAGAAGAAAAUUAAAUAUGAAUGGCUAAUUUAUGAAAGUUGAAUGGUUGCAUUAAUGGUGAUACUGUUAAUGUUUAUUUUUGCUUAAACCUUUUCGAAGAACAUUUAGAACCUCGAUUCCUGUUUUCAAACAAAAAAUUCACCUUUAUGUUUUAUAUAUAUUAAUAGUAUUUGCUUGUCAAUCAUUUAUACAGCUUAAAUUAAUAAUUAAAUUUUUAUGAAAUUGUAUAAAUAUAAUUACUCAAUAUCUUUGUACCUGUGCUUUUUAAAAUUAAUUGUAUUGAGUUAUGAAGUAAUAAAGAGUCUGAC